AUGUUUGUAGAUCUCGGCAGUGAUCGCGUCCUGUCUGGACGCUUUCCCGCUGGACAGCGGUUGCACGGCCCUGAUGGUUUCGUGGAAAGAGGGCAGGAGGUCAAGGUCGGCGUUAGUCUCCACUUGAGGUCGACAGGCGAUACUGGCGUCGGAGAUGGUGGAUGGACGGUUGAGGACUCUUUUGAAGUGCUCGACCCAUCACUGAAGAAUUCGUGUCUUCUCGGUGAGCAGGAUAAUGCCGUCAGCGCUGAGAAUAGGAGCAGUACUAUUGGCUGUGGGACCGUAGACAGCCUUGAUCGUAACGAAGAAGUUGUUCCAUUCGUUGUGGUAUGCGUACCAUUGGAUUUCCUCGGUCUUACAAGCCGUCCAAGCGUCCUGCACAGGGCGGCGUAGGCUUCAUGAAGGCGUUUCUUCUCGGCGAGCAGGUUGCUGAUGGAGACGUUGUCAUCAAAUCAGUUCUGGUUUAUGGCAACGUGGGGGGUACGUAGACGUUGACGAUGGUGGUGAAUUUGCCUCCCCGGAGGGACAGGCGGAUGCUCAUCGGGCAAUCAUUGGUACCCUGUGGUAGACAGGCCAGUCGUCCAACGAUGUCGUUUCGGAUGGCAAAGGCAACGGCCGCGUCUCAUCGCUCUGCUCUGGGGUGACUGCUCCAGAAAAAAGAUGUAGUCGGCACCCAACUCCUCCAGUUGGCCUUGUUUAGAGAACCGGGUCUCGCUGACUGCGGCAAUGUCCGCCUUGUGGUAUGCCAAUUUCCGAGCAACUAGCAUUGUUCUCCGUCCCGGUCGGUUGCUCCUCGGAUUGUCGAAAAGGGAACGAACAUUCCAGGCUGCCAGAGUAAGCGGACUCACCCUGCCAGUCUGACGAGUGGGGUGGUGGGUAAGAUGAGGGGAAAUAGAGAGCAUGGUUUUUGUUUGAGUGUUUCGACCAUGUGUUUUGCGUCUGUGGGCCAUGGUCAGCCUGCAGACGGCGUGAAUUCCAGCAUUUGUUUGAGACAUCUGUUCUAACCCCGUCCCAUUUGCGUGAGGUGAACAAUACUCUCCUCAAAUAGGGCUGUUCCUUUGUCCCAGAUGACUGCAGGACUCCGCUAUGGGUCACGACUUUGUUUAGUGGCUAAGCGACCCGAGUUAGCCUGAGCCGCCCGCGUGAUCGCUGUCACACUCGCCAUAGGAAUUUCUGAACGGGAGGAGUUGGGGAAUGGGGAAAGGGUAAAGAGACGGUAAGCAGAGUUUCCCGUCCCUCUAUAAACUAACUGGUUGCUGAAAUAUAAAUAGUGAGCAGAAGAAUUCAACAAAACGUGUUCAACAGAAUGGUAGUUAGCUUACAAAAAGGACAACCACAGGCAAGCAGACAAAGGCAAGCAAGCAAAGAGCAGAGGCAGUAGAGCAAUACUCGGCUUACCAAGCCGUCGCUUACCUUGUGGCUUCCAGCAGGGUUGCGGACAAAGCUUCAUCUUGAAGGUGGCGAAACGGUGCUCCGUGGAACUACGGAUCACGUGGUAAGAAUAGAGUAGGGCAGAGGGUAGAGGGAGUGAGGGACAGAGGAGAAGAGCAGAGAAUAGGCACGAAAGAGAAGUAGCAUGAGCGGUUCCAGUCACUGGGCCAGUAGUUUCCCGAGCGCAUCUGGCCUCCUGUGGGGUUGCAGGCGGAGCUUCAUUUCAGAGAAGCCGAAGCGCUGUUUCAUUCGGCCAGCGAUGGGGGAAGCGGAGUUAAGUUACCAUUUACGGAGAUGCUCACACGGACGCUCUCAGAUGGUUUAGCCUGCCAGUCGGGACGGUUACCAGAGUGUGGCCACUAGUCAGAGCUUAGCUUCGGGGAGCUACAUCUGACAGGUUGGUGGUCAUUAAAGGACGCUAGACGUAGUGUACAUCUGAAAGCAAAUGAGCGACCUCCUACGACCGUCACGUGGACCCACAAUAAAACACCCCUACACCCCCAUUGCUAGUAAUAAUAUGCUAAUUACUGUUUAAAACAUCGUAACCACUGUUAGGGGGCACUCACCGAUCGUUCAUACGGAACCCACUCGUUCCGUUGUGCCUUAUGGACUCUCUCUCGAGCCCAACCAGCAGCCGCACAGCGGCGCAUGAUAUAUAGGCAGAAUAGUAUAUAUUGUAUAUUCCCGAUCGAAAACCGACAAGGCAACGGGCCGUGGCCCGGUGAGUAGAGGCGUUGACUUCUAAACCAACAGGUCGCGAGUUCGAGGCUCGGGUGUUCCACACUUCGGACUUGGGUAUGGCUGGCUGACGACGGCUAAUAAGCCAGAAAUGGCCAUUCCAGUCUCCCUUGUCUUUGUCGGUAAUACUAUCGUAACCACUCUUAAUAAUCCCCCCAACACCUACAAUCAGUACUACUAAAACUGCUACUGGCAACGUGGGUAGGCCAGUUAUUACCCUUACUGUCACGCUAUGGUCCCAAAAGUGAGGCGUUUAUCAUGUAUCCGUUCAGUGUAGUGGAAAAUUCCAGUAGAUGGUUUUUAGGAUCGGUUUGAAAACAUAACAAAUUUAUCCCUCGGUUUCUGCUUCUUUAUUGGAUAUUUCCAUCCUGCGGAGGCAUAGUCAACAUGUUUCGAAAAUCUGCUUAGGCUACUUAUAAUAGAUAAGAUGGUAUUUAUCGUUUUGUCAGACAAAGUGCCCGUUACGGAUUUGUCAUAUGGUUUUCGGUGACUUUGUGUCACAUCGGUCUCUGGAGCCAGGGACUAACUUCCGCGCAAACUUCCAAACAGUUUAGUAAUCAGGUUCCUGAGCUGCGCAUUGCGAAAACUUGCGCCAACCGAAUGUUCUGAACAUGGACCAUGUAUAUCGAAUAUUAAGAAGCGCAGGCGAUGAUGUGAAAACGUUUCGUUAUUCGGUAUUUUCUUACGCGAAACCUACUUACAUAAGGGUGAACCCAGUAGAAUAUUUAAAAGAGAAUUAAAGAAUAUCAUAAGCGUACGUCAGAAUUACACUUAAGCCACACUGCGUAAAUUAGUAAACUAUUCUUACCGGCUGACAAUAACAUUUGUCAUGAAGGAGGCACGAUCGCUGAGACAAGAACUUUAUUCACCUGACCUGUUGGAUUCCUGCUCGAAACCAUCAUCAGAGACAAUAGCCGAUACGGAUUUCGUUAUUCACCACGCUUAUUCAUACUGCCUUGCACGUCCCUACUGUCUGAGGCACACGGUAAUGGCCUUGGAACUUUAUUGCUACCCGUUUGAGAUGGCAUCGUUUCCUAUGUAUUCAGUGCCUUCAUUAACCUACGCAGAGUGGACAGCAGUCAGCGAUGUUUGCUGUGUACCGAUAAGAUGGCUCACAGAUAGUCAACAUUGUCAUUAAGGGCAAUCAUUGGAUGUCCCCGAACUUCCACUCGAACGAUUAAUAUCGCACUGGACAAAGUUACUGGCUGUUUAUCGUGCCCAAGACGUGGCGUGAAAACGCGGUGCUGUUGAUGGACAGAAAUUAUUCUCGUCGUUCAUGUCUAACGGCAGAGAGUGAGGUAUUCGAAAAGAACUGUAGUGCUUUGAUACACCAGCUGGUGUCCUACCUUUAGUAGUUACUAAGCUGUACGAGGCGCUGCUUCUUAUUCGGCGUUGCCAAGGUCGUUUGUCCAUCGGAGGGAAUAUAGUUUCGUUCCUUUGACUGCUGUGGAGUAAUUUUAUGUAAAAUAAGUUAAUGGUGAUAUUUCCCUGCUCGGCCAGACAAUCAGGUUAGGCGUUGACUUUCAUCAUCCGAACAAACUCGGUAACAGUUUGCACAUGAAAAUGUGGACGUAAGCAUGACGAUCCUGCAGAAAGUUGUAACAACGAAGGACGCCUCCUACAAAAGUACCCAAAUGCGGUGGGAACGAACGUCAUGUAAACUGACCGUCAAAAUGAACACAUGAGGAAUGAAAACGUAGAUAUCAUCAUGCACCGUACAAAAUAAAUUUUCGCGGAAUAACGGUUACUUGUAAAUUUAUGCUAAUUUGACGCUGCUGUUGUUCUACAAGCAGGCGAUCGCAGUCCACAAAACUUGGUAAUCAAGACUGGUAGCGAAAGGGAUUCGGGUUAUUUCCUGCAACUUCCAGGCGCCUGUAAUGCGAGAAUGGUGGUAAAGGGGGUUUUACUGAUGGGGCCUUAGGGCAGGCCAAGGGAAAGCGGAAAUUUAGGGGGGCAAAGGGUGUCAUAUUCGAACAAACAAAGGUAGUUUAAAGGAAGUGAAAGUGAAUUACUUAAUGUGAAAAUUAAAAGGUGUCUGUAGGACAGUUUAUGAAAGCCACUGGAGUGUACGGUGCGAGGAAAAAAUGCAACGGGAAAGCUGUCAACCAGUAGGAAGUGGAAACACAUUGCCAAGGUCGCCCAGCAAAAUGUUCAAAGGAAAUGAUGGGUGAUCCAGACAACGGCGCAGAACAAAGUGAAGAAAUGGCCACGGGAGGCAGUAAAGAAGUUGAGGAACGUACGUGUGUCGUAUACUUUUUAAUUUAAUAGAGGAAUGUCCAAAAUGAAGUAGCAGCCCAUGAAACCGUAAAGUCAUUUGUUGAACGGGACAGUGAAUUUUUAUGCUAAACCUCCUAUUUUCAGAGUAGACCGAGAUUCCUAUUUGGACUGGGGCAAUGUUUGACAAAGCAGGCUGACAUUAAAAAAAGUAAUGUAAACCCGCCCGGCUUUUCUCGAAGAAAAUGGAUUCAUUAGGUCGGCGACUUCAGUGGACGUAAACCGCACUACAGCAGUGGGAUGAUACAGCGUUCCGCAAGAUGUGUGCUCGAGAGACUCCUGAACGAUAUGAAGCAAAUAAGGGGAAACUUUCCUAAGGCACAUGGCAGAAUCGUAUCCAGUUAAUGACGGUCAACAAACAGUGCUACAAACGUCUCAGCAAACGGACCGGUAGGUAGAUCUAUAGCGUUGAUAGUGACAACGUAGUUGAAAAUACAGCAGAAAGGCAGCACAUGGAAACGGAUAUCCUGAGCCUUUCACAAGCCCAGCCAUGUACAUCACCAAGCAACUACCCUCCAGAGAGGUUGUCUGGUAUAUGUAAUUCAUUAGUAUAAUUUUGUUGAAUACGUCAACGGCAUUCUUCCUAAAAGCAGCGCUCACGGAACGCCCUUCUGAAGCACCUCGGUGACGUAACCUGGCCGUGCGCACUCGCUGUAGUGGUAUCGGAAAGGAAAAGUCAUGGGCGUACGUAGCCUAACCACUCGCCGGAUUGGGAAGGAAAGCGGCUGUAUGGUCAACUGGAAGCCAGCCGGUGUGUACUCCGUCCUAACAGUGCCUUGGACACUAUUUCAACGCAACUUCACCUACUUAAAUAAUUCAGUAGGUUGACCGUAUGACAUUCGUCAAGCCGUGCCGCAGGGCAAAACCUUACUCGAAAACUAAAUGACCUCUUUUAAAAAAGUAAGGCUUACUACGGGCUACGAGAAGAUGCUGCAAAAACCAGAGUCAUCAGAAGAUGUGGGAGUGCUGUCGACUUCUUAGCAGGAUGGCUCCACAGAAGCGCUUAAAAGUUUACAUGGCAUAAUUAGUAGGACCGUUUACGACAGGGAAGAAUGUCUAAAAACAGAAAUGGCAAACGUCAUUAAAAGAGGUUAGGAAGACAAGGAACAAGAGAUACACUUUCUGAACGGGAGAGCAAUUAUCUCAGUGACAGUGAGCCAAUUUGCCGAGCAAUCCUCACACCAGCAUCCGAAAGGGAUGACGAAAUCACAGCCAUUAAUGGCUCGAACGCGGACUGUCAAGCCACCAUCUCAGCGGUGAUUGCGAGAGCUGCUAAUUACAGUACGCAUAUGGUACUCCGGCAGCCGUGUGCUAAAAAUACUGCACUCCUUGUGUCACCAUUACCCUUAUCUGCAACUGUCUCUGAUGAUGGCUUCGAGUGAGAAUCCGAAACGUCAGGCCAAUAAAUGUCUUGUUCCAGUGAUCACAUCUUCGUCUUCUGAACUACUUCCUGGAAUUCGCCUGUCCGCUUCUAUCAGCAAUGAUCCUUAUGCCCUCGGGUAGGCCCUCGAAGGCAGAUGCUAUCAUGUAGCAGUUGCAAUGGUAGAAGAAGGUCUUUCUGAGCGUAAUACUUCAUUCUCCGGUGAACACCCAAACCAGGAGUUCUAGGAACAGCUACACGCAAACAAUGUUUUUGUUUGCUUUCUGAACGAUUGCAUCCGACACCGGUUCUGCCUCUACACGUGCAGGUUAAGGACUAGGGAUGAGACUUAUUCCAUAUAAAGUUCGAUACUAUCUCAACCGGCAUACUGUGGAAAUGAGAGUUAUUCGCUUUAUCAACACCUCACAAGCUCUUUAGGGACAAGCAUAUGCUUAACUUCGUUCUCGCUUUCCUGACGGAUGUUCUCAAAUCAAUGUAGAUAACUAGUACGGAAUCAGUUCACCUAUGUUUAAUCACAUAAGAACUUACUCCCCGCGCCCAGCAAUUCACGACUCCUGGACCAGAUGGAAUCGGCGUCAUUCCAUUUCCAGCCGUGACUAUAAAACGACCGAUUUAACGUCGAAAAAGGCCUGAACCCAGCAGAACGAAACCACUCAAGGGUUGCAGUAAUCUCAAUAUUCUGAUGAUGAGUUGGUUUUUCAUUCGGCCAAUGAUCCACCCGCGUGGGCACUUCGCAGUCAUUUGUAAACAGGACUGUACGAGAAGGGGCAAUUUAGACGAAUUUUGGCACUCUUUUCAACCUCUGUUGAUGAACUCGAGUGAGAAUGAAAGGUCACGUAAGCAUGCCUAUUUUCUGGAUGUUUAACCUUCUUAUUCUUCUUCGAUUUCUAAGGACACUAUCCACCUAUCAUCUCGACCUUUUGGAUUUUUGGUAAUGCAAUUCUCCUCUUGUAAUUCUUACUACUGUAGGCAUCACCCGACCCUUAUGCAUUUAUAAUAUGGCCUACGUUCAGUACACAGUUUUGCAUACCGUUUCCAAAGAAAUCUGAAGUCUUUGCACCAUGUUUGUUCACAAACCACCAAAGCUGGCUUCUGUAUACUUAGCUUUUGUAACUUUUUCUUCCCACUUUGCUCCAGUUAUUGUGUCAGCUCCUCGUCUUUACCCUCACGCCUAUGAUGAUGGGCGUUCAAAGAGAAAAUGUGUGGACCCUGGAUCGAUAAUAACAUGUGACUCAUGUUAUUUGUGGAACCUCUCGUAUGGCACCCAAAAGAUGACCAGUCAGCUUACGAUAACCACAAAUCCCAGCCGGGUCUCGAUCUAUGGGCACAAAGAGACCCAUUCAAGAUGGACUGAAGAAGACUUUAUAGCCUUUACAAAACCGCGAGUAGAAGGAAGCGAUUUCCUCCUUUAUGGGAACGAUCACAGCUCGGAUUUGGACAAAGAUGAUGCCAGUGAGGAUAGUAGCGAAGAAAGGGGUUUCGAAAAUGUUGGUCAGUCUAUUCGCGCCUUCUCCAUCAUGGCCCGCCAGUCAUCCCUGGCCCGAGCCUCGGCCGCAAUCUCAGGUGGCACCAUAGGAAGGAUUUCAAUUAAGGCGACAACUGAGCCUGAAACUCAAAGUAAGCCAACUUAUCCUUAAAUAAAAAGCAGUACUUCUGAAAAUGCUGAAUAAAAUGUUUCAUUGCAUCAUUUUUGGUCAAACCCAACCUCGAGAUAAACUGCAAGAAGGCAGGCGUGCGUAUUCGUUUCACGACUGUUUCCGAUAAGAAGUAGACCCCAGGUCUAUCCUUCACCAAGAAUUCGAAUUAAUGCCCCCUCGAGGUGAGACCUAAGCGCGGAUGCCGUAAAUUUUAUCAUGAUAUUCAGGCAUGCACUCAAGCACAAGAAAUGGCAAAAGCAAAAUUUGGCAAAUUGAAACACAGAUUUUUGGAGCCUCAAAUUGUGUCUGAACCUUCCCCGAGUGCUCAGAAAAAUACAGUAGGUGUGCUAAUUCAUGAAAUGUUUACCGAAAUUGUGAAAUGCGUUUUCGACUCGAAAAGGUUACUCAAGCGGGGUUGUAACAUCAAUCACCGUGCAGCAUGAUCCAAUGAUAAUUUGGUUACUUCAGGAUGCCGGCUUUUGAACGAACUUUUUACCGGUCGUCUGCAAAAAUUGCACAGUAAAAAAUGUCUCCUUAUGCGGUAUGAGUUUUUUCCCAUUGAUUUUCGACGCCCUUAUGAAUGCAAAUAAAUAUUUUUCAGAGAACAUGCAUAAAAUAUUAAUGUUUACUCAAUUACUAGGAAAUUACGUCUUCUGCGAAUUUAUACUAAAGGGAAUGCUUUAAUUCGGCUUUAAAAAUUCUAGAAUCAUGAGAUUUUCCAAGACUGCAAAAUGCCCGAUUAUAAAACAUCGUGUCUCUGCAUUUGGUAAUGCUGCUUGCAAAGUUUACAAUGCGUUCAAACCCACUGGUGGAUUUUAUGAAACCCCAUGGACUCCUUUUAAUACCGUACAAAAAAUGCAUGAUUUUCCGUACGCGAAAAAUAUGCAACUUGUAGUUUGGAAACCCUGAAUGUAAGUGUAACGGCAGGUCGAUUUUGGUAUUACUCCGGAAUUGGAAAAAGUAUUUUUUAAACCAAGUUAAUUUGCAGAAGACGUAAUUUCCUAUCAAAUGAGUAAAAAUUAAUAUUUUUAUGUAUGUUAUCUGAAAAAUAUUUAUUUGAAUUCAUGAGGGCAUCGAAAAUCAAUGGGAAAAACUCAUACCGCAUAAGGAGACAUUUUUUACAGUGUAGUUUUUGCGGCCGGCCGGAAAAAAGUUCGUUCAAAUGCUGGCAUCCUGAAAUAGCCAAAUUAUCAUUGGAUAAUGCUGCUCGAUAACGGAUAUUACACCCCUACUUGAGUAUCUUUUCGAGUUGAAAACGCAUUUCACAAUUUUGGUCAGCAUUUCAUGAAGUAGCGCAUCUACUGCAGAUUACAGGUACAUUCAUUUUUUGGGAGUAUUAAUCGUUUUUUAAGUAUUUAGGGAUUUUCCGUUGGGUCCAAUUUAUUUUAUUAAUGAGCUAAGCAUCUACAACAGCCAAAUGUUUUUCAUUCCUUUCCAAAGGGUAUCUUACUCCUUCCUGGCGAGGCCUCGUAGUUCUAGUGGUUAAAGCGUUGAAUGUACUGAAGCCGUUCCCGUACUACGUGGGUUCGAAUCCCACUAAGCCGCCGAGUUUUUCACAAUUGGGUCAAUAUGAAUUUUUCGAAAAUCUGCCAAAACAUCUAUGAAUUACGUGAGCCUGGUAAUAAUGUGGGGGAUCCUAGGUGAAUUACUUAGGAAAUCCUGCUUGGGCACUCAACUUACUGUAUCAGAUUUGGUGGACUCCAGACGUUGCAGUAGGUUGGGCGGUUAACGUGACCCAAAUAUGAUUAAACUCGCGUCGUUUGUUGGGAACUCGGAGUCCAAGUGGUUAGAGCGUUGGCUGUACUAAAGCCUCCCCUUAGCUGUCGUGGGUUCGAAUCCCACCGAGGCGCCGAAUGUUUCACAGAUGGGCCAAUAUGAACUUGUUAUUGGUUUUUUAUUUAUAAUUUUUUACAGAGGUCAUUUCCAUUUUUAUUCAAUUCACGGAAAACUCAUGAGAAAAAGAUACAUCGCGACAGCGAUUGGUCGUUUUCAAGACGGAUAUCAGCCAAAGCAACUUAAGCGAAACCGCCAUACCCGCUUGGUCUAGAGUGUUCGCUCAAUCCCGGUAGGUGCAGUAUGUGGGCUAACUCAUGAAAUGUCAGCAGAAAUUCCGAAAUGCGUUUCCGUUUCGAAAUGAUUAAUUGAGUAGUGUCGUAUAACCAAUCAUCGCACAGCAAAAUUCUAUAAUACUUCAGUUACCGUAGGAUAUCAGCUUUGGAACAAACUUCUUUUUGGCUGCAUCGUAAAACAUACUCCGUAAAAAAUGACUACUUAUAUAGCACGCAUUUUUAUCAUUGGUUUUCGCUGCCCUUAAGAAUUCAAUUAUAUUUCAUAUUAUUCACUAUAUCAUUAUAUAAAUAUAUUAUUAUAUAUUAUUAUAUUGCAUCUAUAUUAUUAUAUAUUAUAUGUUAUUAUAUAAUUAUUUAUAUUCAUAUGUCGUUAUAUUAUAGGCAUUAUUUCGCUUAUUUAGUAGAAACUCGCGUCUUUUUUGAGCUUUGCACUCGAAGGAAAGGUAUAAUUCGGUUUUCAAAAAGUUUCUAAUCAAGGGAUUUUUUAAAAACGUGAAAUGGCCUUUCAUAAAUUUCCUGUCUAUGCAUUUACCAACGUGGCUUAUAAAGUUAACAAUGUGAAUCAAAUCCACUGCAUAAUUUUAUGAACCCCAUAUGGUAUCCUCAUAAUACGGUAGAGAAAUGUAUAGUUUUCAGUACGCGGAAAUUAUACGACUUGUAGUUGGGAAACCCUGAAUGCAAGUGUAACGGCAUGUCGGGAUCAAAAUUAUGCAGGGAUUGGAAAAGUUUUAUAAAACCAAAUCAUACCCUUCCUUCGAGUGUAAAAUUCAAAGAAGACGUAAUUUUCUACUGAAUAAGCAAAAGAAUGAAUAUUUUUAUGUGCUUUCCAUGAAAUAUAAUUAAAUCUUUAAGGGCAUCGAAUAUCAAUGAGAAAAUGCAUGAUAUAUAAGUAGUCACUUUUACGGAGUAUGUUUUUAGAAGCAACCGAAAAGAAGUUUGUUCGAAAGCCGGGGUCCUGGGGUAACUGAACUAUUAUAGAAUUUUGCUGUACGAUGAUUGGUUUUACAACCCUUUAAUAAAUCUUUUCGAAACGAAAAUGCAUUUCGGAAUUUCUGUUGCAAUUUCAUGAGUUAGCCCAUGUUCUGUAGUCGGAUGCGUUAAGAGCCUCGAUUCUGCCUUGAAUUAUAAAGUUUUUGUGCCUGACGGCAUUAACGCAUAGACCGUUGCCUCAUUCAUCAAAGUACUGUGCCUACUUUCCCCGACUUUUCUGUUUUGCCAUAUCCAAUAAAUUGUUCCAACACAAAGUCGGUUACUGUUAUCGCGGCAGAACCGGUAAUAAGACAGACUGAAGUCACUGUUUCUGACUUAAUUAUUACCGUCGACAAGCCGUUCUUUGGUUUUAGACCUGAAAGACCUGGGCUUUUUCUCCCAACCUAACCAGCGACUGAUUUUAACUCUACCAUUUGGACCAGAGGUUCACGCUUUAGCGUGUCUAUUAGAAAAGUCAAGGUCACCCAGAUGGCUGCCACUUAUCAGGCCUUAUUUUAGAACAGGAAUCGAGACCUAUGGUUUGAUUUCGAGCUUCACUUUUGAAGCCCGUCAGUGGCUGAAUGAUGUCAGGCAAUCAACCGUCCAAUGUUAAAGUACGUCAUAAGCAGGCAUUCCAAUGGACUGGCCAUUUCCGGUUCAUAUUGGCUCAGGUCGGCAUCCGUGGGAUCGGAAAUAUUCAAAGUCGCGGGCGACUGAUGUUCGCUGACUUGUUUUGAUUAAGGAACGCGAAUGAGAAUUUCUAUUUUGCCUUGGAGCUACGGGCUCUCAGACCACGUAGAUGGUUGCAAAGCGUCAGCAACUAAUAAACAAGAGAUGCUGCAAAAAAACAAACGACACUAAAAUGGUCACUUCUGACUUGCCUGGAUUACAUUAGAAGUUUUUUGCCUUGUCUUGUCUCCCGAAUUGGAAUAAACUCUCAAUGACACGCGUGCUUUGCCGAUCUUCUGACGUUUUACGAUACAAACUGCAAGGGGUUUUGCUCCUUAGUGUGUAUAACAGAGGUACUUAUUUCGGUUCUGGUACAUCGUCAGUUGUUUUUAACUUAAAUUUUAUGAUUCUGUCUGACAGUAAUCAACAACUUGUCAAAGGGCCGCAAUAAGGUAGUUCGUUCGUUCGUCCCAAGCGAAGAGAAUCACGAUCGUCCCGGAGAGGACAUAUUAAUUAUUUGCGAAAGAAUUUUUUUAAAAAUAAACAAGCGUUCUCUGCGUCUAUUUCAGUUUCUAUUCCCACGCUCUUCCCGUUAAAGUGACAUAACAUAGUCAGGACCAUUGGAUGUAGGUGUGAGCUCAGUGUCCGAUAGAGUCGAACAAUCCGUAUUUACGCAUCCUACACGAGUCGGUCACAAGUCGACAAAGCUCAGUAUUCAACGAAGAAAUGUCCCCGGAUUUAUCGGCAUGAGAAUGUCAUGGAGGUCGUGUUGAAAAUGACCCAAUUUAAUGUUUCCUUCAUUUCAUAAUUAGACGGAAUGAGUGUUGUUACAAUUCUCGGCGCGUCAUUAUAGUUUUAAAGCACGUUUGGUUACUUGACGUGAGGAAAACUAGACGCUGGAUCCGUGUUGGAUCCCCGUACUCCGCGUAAUACCAGUGGCAAGUCCGAGUUAAGCCGAGAGGGACUGAGGGUGGAAGUAAUAACUGUCAUGCCCAGAACUUUAGUCUAACCUUUGUACAGCAAUAGGUGAGGACUCGAUGAGAUUCAGCGCAGCCUGACUAAUGCGUGCCGCAUGAGCUAUUAUGGGUCUCUCUGGGCCAACACACGGCGGCACAACUUAUACGCACACACGUAUAAAAGCCAGGCCAUCAAUAAUGACAGUGUGCCAGCUAGUAAGAGUAGAUUAGAAUAUCUGUUAGCCACUUAAACGUCAUCGUUGUUGGUCACGUCAAUCCUAAAUUAUACAGUAAGUGACCGAUCUCCUGAAAUGUUGACUGGAAUUCUAAAAUGCGCUUUCGAUUAGGAAGGAUUACUUGGGCGCGGUUGUAAUACUGAUUAUCUUGCGGCGUAAUCCUAUAGUAUUUCGGACUCGGCAGGAUGUCAGCUUUUGAAUAUAAUGCUUUUCAAUCUCCUGCAGAAACCGUACUCGGUAAAAAAUGAUCACGUAAGUAGCAUGCAUUUUUCCCUUUGAUUGUCGAUGGUCUUGCAAAUUCAAAUAUAUCUUAUGGAAACCAUAAACAAAUAUCUGCUUUCUUUCAGUCGUUCACUCACGUCAUCUUUAUAUGUUUCACUCGAAGGAGGAGUAUAAUUAUGUUUUAAAAGAUUUUCAAAUUGUUGAAUAAUUUGAAGCCUUAGCGCUUGGAGCAUUUGCGUUUUCUGAUUUCCGUCUUCAAGGUGCAUGCGUUCCUCGUAAAGAAAACCACAUAUUUUUCUAUGCCUUUAAAAGGAUAUCAUACAUAAUCCAUAAAAUUUUGCAAUGAAUGCGGACUAUGUUGCACAUUUCAUGAGGAGCUGUGGUAAACGGCCAGAUACAAUGCUAUGUGAAUGGACAUUGCGCGGUCUAAACAAAUCUCAUAAUCAGAAACUUGUUUAAAACCUAAUUAUACUCCUUCUUCGAGUGAAACAUAUGAGUAUGACGUGCUAAACCGACAGAAAUAAAGCAUAUAUUUGUUUAUGGUUUCCAUAAGAUACAUUUAAAUUUGCAAGACCAUCGAAAAUCAAUGGGAAAAAUGCCUGCUAAAUAAAUGAUCAUUUUUAACCGAGUAUGGAUUCUGCAGAAGAUUGAAAAGCAGAAUACUCAAAAGCUGACAGCCUGCCGAGUCCGAAAUACUAUAGGAUUAGGCCGCAAGAUAAUCAGUAUUACAACCGCGCCUAAGCAAUCCUUCCCAAUCGAAAGCGCAUUUUAGAAUUUCAGUCAACAUUUCAGGAGAUCGGUCACUCACCGUAAGUCCCGAGUUUCUUAUUUGGUUCAAUGACUUUGAAGCUCACCGAGAUCAAGUGCGCUGUAUUUUGGAGCUACUGAACUAUCCGUCCUCGAUAACAGAAAGCACAUAUCAUUUUGAAGGAGCGCUUACUGGAGAUAACCCAUUCCAGCGCGGCCUGGACUCUGUGUCAUCAUGAAGUAAGCGUUCUCGUCUCACCUGCCUUUCUCCAUGUGUCCUUCGGCAUUCGGGCCAGUUUUGGAAAAGUUUACUACAGACGCUAACAGGCUGAAAAUUAAUGGGAAACAAUAUGUUUGUCCUCUGUCAUGAAAGAGAAAUGAGGAUCUCGGGAAAUAUUACCGAUACAAACUAGAGCGUUCAAUGCGCAGCGAGGCUCUGACAGUCGCCCCGGCCGACCACAGAUGGAGCUUCAUGAUCGACGGAGGGAGAGUGGUCGUCGUCGCAACAACCACCUCGGUCUUCUGUCUCGCCGCGUUCCAAUUUUUGACAUUCUAUCGGUAAAAUUCCCGACAGCAACAAGUUGUGUAACUUUGAAGGGUCAGGAAGCAGCCCCUUCUUUUCAGGUCGCCAAGUACCUAAAAAUUGUACAAUUAGACACCAGUUUUAUUUCAACCAGAGUAUUUGUUGCGUUCUCUCUAUUUUCUUUUCAUUUCUCUUUCUGGCUCCACUUGGCUCCUCCUUUUAAGUUGCUAUUUCUUUCCGUAGUAAUGAGACCUGCGAGUGGAUCCUUCAACCCAGCCGGACGUUCCACUGUUAUUCUCGGUCCAAACGACUACGUCAAUCCAAACAUGGGGUCUGAUGUAAGUUUUACUCAGUCUUUUACGUUUCCACACUAGGCACCAGCUACCUACUGAAGCAUGUUUGAAGUCUAGAGAGGAUCUACAAAAGUGCUCAUAGCGCAGAUAAGUAGGAUGCAUGGGGUCCAUUUAAAAUGACGCACGCAUCUGACAACUGCACGCGGCAGAAUGCCGAUCCAAAGUUAUGGAGCAGCGUACUCAGUCGUUGAUGCUCACACAGUUUUUCGCAAAGCCCAGAAGAAAAUUGUUAUAGUCCGGAAAUAAAUCGAGGCGAAAUCUCUUUAAUGCGACUAACUACAAUGCGUGACCAAUCUCAUAAAAUGUUGGCAAAAAUUCUGGAAUGCGUUUCCGAUUAGGAAGGAUUACUUACGUGGGGUUGUUUUACUGAUUAUCAUGCAGCAUAAUCCUAUAACAUUUCAAAAUCGCCAGGAUUCCGGCUUUUGAAUGGCCUUCUUGCUGACCUCCUGCAAAAACCUUAUUUGUUAUAAAAUGACUACUUAAGUAGCAUUCAUUUUUACUAUCCAUUUUCGAUGGACUUAUAAAUUCAAAUAUAUUUUAUAGAGAACAUGCACAAAAACAUGCUUUCUUUUGCUCAUGUGGUAGGAACUCGUAUUGUCUUCAUAUGUUAUACCCGAAGAAAGUGUAUACUUAAGUUUUAAAAUGUUUCUAAUCAUGAAAUUUUUAAGAGCGUGCGAUGCCCAUGAAUACAAGAUGGCACAUGUCCGUUUACUAAUGCUUCUCGAAAAAUGUACAACACAGUCCGGAUCCAUUGCAAAAUUUCAUGAACUCCAUGUGGUAUCUUCUUAAAGGCAUAGAGGAAUAUAUAAUUUUCCUUGCGCGGAAAGCAUGCACCAAGUAGACUGCAACUGCUAAACGAUGAAGCAAUCGCAGAUCAGACUGGAAAUUAUUCGGGAAUUGGGAAACUUUUUUAAAACCGAAAUAUACACUUUCUUCGGGCAUAACAUAUAUAGACAAUAUGAGUUCUUACCAAAUGAGCAAAGAAAGCACAUUUUGUGCAUGGUCUCUAUAAAAUAUAUUUGAAUUUACAAGUCCAUCGAAAUCGAUAGUAAAAAUGAAUGCUACUUAAGUAGUCCUUUUAUACCGAGUGUGGUUUUUGCAGGAGGUUAAAAAAGUGCAUUCAAAAGCCGACAUCCCAUUUAAGUAAUCCUUCCUAAUCGGAAACGCAUUCCAAAAUUUUGGCCAACAUUUCGUGAGAUCGGUCACGCACUGUAGCCUUGUGAGCCAGAAACAGACGAAAAUCUGGAUUCUUACAGUCCUGGUAGAGCGGGAGCAGCAGAGGUAUCCGGGUGUUUAGAUGCCACCACCGAGUGGAAUUCUACCGACAGUGCGAAAUGACAAAUACUGCCUAUUUUUGAAAAUGCUUGAUGAGUGAUUAAUGAUUUGUUCUGCAUAUGUUGGAAGGUUUCAUUUGGUCCUCCCUCCUUUCGUCACUGACAUUUGCCAGUACCAGACUGCUAUGAGUCGUCCUGGAAGUAAUGAUAUCCGGACUUCUAGUCUAAUACUUUCUGUCUGAUACAGGCUAUGAUGUGUAGUUUGACCUUCUUAAAGAGGUUGAUAUGUCGACUGAGGGAUUCUGCAUUCAAAACAUAGGCCUUCAAGUUGAACUGCUCAGCUUCUGUGCUGUCCUGGCCAAUUUGCAGUAGCAGUAGUCAGGUUUCCAUCCUUCAUUUGGUUUCUCUGUGUCGCUGUGAUCACUUUAGCUGCAGAUUGACGCUCUGAUAAGUACGGAUUUUUCUCGAUAGGACAAGAAAUUUUGAGUCGCGGCUUUGGAUCUAACCACGUCAGAGCACGUCUGAGCAGUCCUCCGACAGCCCAAGUAGACCAAAAUUACCUAAAUUUCAUAAAAUAAUGAAUUUGUUUCAAAGGUCACAUCCGGGUCCUCAAAUUCGCCGGAACUUAAGGAUUAACUGAUGCCAGCGUACGAUGUGCGGUGCAAGUUAAUAGGCCAAGUAUCUAAACUGUUAUGGUAGAUGGUUGCUCACCGAUCAGAUUACGGAGCGUGCUCGGUCCGUUGUGCCAUGGGGCUCAAACUAGAGCUCUCGCAGGCAGUUGCAGAGCGACUUGUAAUAUGGGUAGAUAAGAUGGUACGAAAAAAGACAAGGGGGACCAGAAUGGCAAUUUCCGGUUCGUUAGUCGUCAUCAACCAGUCAUACCCAACUCCAGGUGUGGAGCGCCUGACAUUCAGAUGCUUUAUAAAGUCGCUUGUUUUCUUGGGCGACAUCUGUAGAUCUGUUAGUCAAUCAAGCGUCAGCAACACAGAACUGGUGUUGACUGUGUGGGACCCUGUAUACCGACAACAGAUGAAUAUAUCGAUUUGCUGAAUUCUCUGCAGAGGCCUAGACUUAUCUUGUUUAUGGCAUGGGUAAUUAAUAUGGCGGCUACGAAGUUGAACUCACGACCCGCUUCGAAAGUGUGGGCAGCCAUUUGUGGUAAAUCGUCGUACCGUCGUAUGGUCGCGCAUUAGGACUUAAUAAGUCCUUGAUUUUCAUGAACCUACUGUCCAUGGAAACUUUGAGCGGUUGCUCCGCUGAGCCGGACGAAAUAAUUGCGAUUGUGGUGGAUAAGCCGCAGCAAACAGUCUUACUAUAAUAUCCCUCUAUGUAAUUUUUAAUUAACAUCUUUGCAUAUGGCCUGCUGAGUCAUCCCACGAAGUAAUAUCUAGAUUAUUUCGAUGACCUUUAAGUGUGUUGUGGCCUUCUACACACUGAGUAUGACGCCUUGCCUCAAAAUUUGGAAGUGUCGUCCAGGGCUGAGAACCACAAAAUGUACCAGCUCAUCACUCAAUCAGAUUGUGCUUAUUCGGUAGCUGGAAAUAAACGGCGCUGAGUGCGUAGAAUAACGAAAAGUAGUUUGCAUAACUGAUUCCUAUUGAACGCAGCUGACCACUAGGCGGAGUUCCUGAUUUUUCGGCCUGAUAUCUGGGACCCUGAGUCAAUCGACCCAAUGACCUUAGCACAAUAGCGGAGAAAUAUGGGCCUUCUGUAGAAGUUGCUAGCUUAGCAGCCACGACCGACGUUUAAGCCGGUAUGUAUAGGGAUAAUGAGCCCCUUUGUUAAAAAAGUGCAUGACGCGUGGACGUGACAGUAUUUGCGUUGACAACGUUCUGAGAUAUAACUUUUUAGAAAAAAUUCCAACCUUAAUCAUAGGAGACUCCAAUGCACCUCUUACUGCCCACGCAUCUGGUCCAAACCAUACAUUCGACCGACGUUUAUUGGACAUGACGCUCAGGCUAUUUCUCACUCAGCACGUCUCGUUUCCGACGAGGGUGCACGAAGGGAAACAGUCAAAUUGUCAAAAUCUGGUCCUUAGGAAGUCGCUAAACAGCAUUGAUGAGGUGCAAUAUCUUCCUCCCCUAGGUCGAAGUGACACCCUUGUACUGUUGUGGGGGUACUCCAUCAUUUCUGUGCCCAAACAAGCCAACAGAGCUAGAAGGAACAUUUGGCGCGGCGACUUUGUCGAAAUGAAAGCUGAAUUAAACACCAUAAACUGGGAAUCAGUUUUUUCCGGUGACAAAAUCAAGAAUUGUGACUGUCCUAGUGAGUGAGUUCAUCUCAGAGACCUCUGUCCUAUUUCACGGAAGAACCUGAACAGCAGACCCACAUGGUUAACACAAACUUUACAAAAAGAAGUGAAUAAAAAACAGAGGUUAUGGAGAAAAUUCCACUUGAAUAGGAGCUCUGUGUCGAUGAAGGCAUACAAGGCACAGAGGAACCUAGUUAAAAAAACUUUUCGUCGGGACGCGGCGCAAUUUCGAGGAAGACCUACUAAAUCGGGCCGCAGGAAAUUCGAAAUUAUUCUAUGGUUAUCUAAGAAGAAGCAAGCAAAACAGAGACCCGAUCCCAUUACUGAAAGCUAAUGAAGACUUAGAGUCCAGUGAAAACGGAGAAAUGACAGAGUACGUUUCACAAUUUUUUAAGUUUAUCUUUACGAAGGAAAGGGCAUUUAAUACUCCCGACUGCGACACUGGACGGGCCAACGAUUCAGGCCGAAGCUAUUGUUCGCAGAGAACUAUUGGAGCUGAAUGAGUCUAAAUCGCCUGGGCCGGAUGACAUACAGUCCAAAUUGCUGAAGGAGCUUGCUGGAGAACUAUUUAAGCCGCAGUCCAUGCUCUUCCAAGCUUCGUUCGAAGCAGGCUAUUUGCCCGCCGAUCGGAAAUCUGCACGGAACACGCCAUCUUAUAAAGGCGGCAGCAAGGUCUUAGCAAACGACCACAGACCAAUCAGCCUUACGUCAGCUUGCAGCAAAAUUAUGAAAAAAUAAUUAGGCGAAAAUAAUGUGUUUCCUAGAACAGCAUAAUCUGCUAUGCGAUGCCCAGCACGGAUUCCGUAGUGAUAGAUCAUGCGUGACAAAUCUAUUUUAUUGUUUAGAACGCUGGACCCGGGCAGUUAACGGCGGCAAUACAGUGCGCGCAGUCUAUGUCGACUUUAAAAAAGCAUUCGAUAGUGUACCACAUCAGCGUUUCCUGUACAAAUUAAGCCAAAGAGACAUUAGAGGUAAUCUCCUAAGGUGGAUCCAAAGCUUCUCCAUCGGUCGCUCUCAAAUCGUCCACGUCGGUGACAGGCAGUCAGCGGAGGUAGCGGUUGAAGGCAGUGCUCCUCAGGGAUUCGUUCUUGGCCCUACCCUGUUCAUUAUAGACGUCAACGACUGCUUCAGUGAAUUGAAUUGUGAUGUCGCCAUGUUUGCUGGUGAUUUUAAGCUUUGGAGCGUCAUCCUAACUGAAUUUGAUGAAGAGCGCUUGCAGGCAAACCUGAACCGGCGCGAGGAAUGA